CAAUCGUCUCGCGCCCAGCCGUGCGUUCAACUUGUGCUACACUACUGAUCGUUAUAGCUGCUAGAAAAAGGGCGGAAAGUCGUGAGUAACCUCAGUUGCGCUCAAUACUAACUCAAAGACAAGUCGAGGUUUAAGUUGGCUCGGAGAGUCUACCAUAAGAAGACCUUCCACCAGCUUUCUCGGAUUAAAAGUGAACAACGAUGUCGCUCAAGUACGAUGAGGUCCCGACGACAGAGAUAGUGGUCAAUGAUGUGGAUAUCGAUGAGGGGAUCGCUGAAUGUGUCAUCAUAGACAUUACUGACCAGGCCCAUGGGCUAGCUUCUGGACCACUUCUCCCUAAAAAGGGCAGUCCGAAUGGAGCACUGACAACGGACAUCUACAAGGAUUCGAAAGACUCCGGUUUUUCGUCUCGUGUGUCCGAAGUCGAUGGAGUUGAGACGGAUGAGAGAAAACGUCGCAUGCUCCUCACUGACCAGAAGGCAUUGGCUACACGCCUCACUAGGAUCUCAGAAUGCCAAAAUGAUGACUCUUGCCAUUGCCAACCCAAACAAGUUGCUCUUGUCAUACUCAAGACGUUGGCCGUGGUGGCACUCCUGUACUUAUUCAUCUGUACCCUUGACCUACUCAGCAAUGCAUUCAGACUGUUGGGAGGAAAAACUGCAGGCAGUGUGUUCCAGGACAGUGCCUUGCUGGCUAAUCCCAUCACUGGCCUCAUGAUUGGUGUAUUGGCUACUGUUAUCCUGCAGAGCUCUUCUACCUCCAGUUCUAUUGUCAUCACCAUGGUGGCAUCAAAGAUUAUAGAUCUUCAUCCCGCUAUCCCAAUCAUUAUGGGGGCCAACAUUGGCACUACAGUCACCAAUACACUGGUUUCUCUUGCACACUCAAUGGACCGUAAAGAGUUCCGCAGAGCUUUCAGUGGUGCUGUGGUUCAUGAUGUCUUCAAUUGGCUUACUGUUUUAAUUUUAUUGCCACUGGAGCAUUUCACUGGUUACCUGUACUACCUGACUGGAGCAAUAGUGAACAGUUUGGAUAUACAUAAUUCAAGUGCCAAGGAUCAAGACUUGUUAAAGAAGAUUACUAAACCCUUGACUAGUAAAAUUGUUCAGAUUGAUGAACAUGUGAUAACUGCAAUAGCGGAAGGAAAGCAAGAGUUUGCCAAUCAGUCAGUGCUCAAGAUAAACUGCAAGUUGCCUAGGGUACAGCAAUAUGUGUUAGUAAAUGAAUCUAUUGUUGACAAUGUCACUGGAGAUGUUUCAUGGAAUGUUUUCAACCGAAGUGUGAUAGUGACACCAACAGAAACCUGUAAUACAUUGUUUAACUUGAUUGGCUGGAGUGAUACAUCCUCUGGAAUAUUGCUUUUCUUCGUCUCAAUUGUUGCGCUCUCACUGUGUCUGUAUUUGAUGGUAAAAGUGCUCCACUCUCUGCUAGGAGGACAGAUUGCCAAGGCAGCUCGCAAGACCAUUAAUGCAGAUUUUCCCAAACCUUUUCACUGGCUGACUGGAUACUUUGCCAUCAUUGUUGGUGCUGGAAUGACUAUCUUGGUCCAGAGCAGUUCUGUCUUUACUAGUGCUCUCACACCAUUGGUUGGCAUUGGAUGUUUGAAGAUUGAACGCAUGUAUCCAUUGACCUUGGGAUCUAAUAUUGGAACCACAUUUACAGGAAUACUGGCUGCUCUGGCUUCAUCACCUGAUACACUGUCCACAGCACUUCAACUUGCAUUCUGUCACCUAUUCUUUAAUAUCAGUGGAAUUUUACUUUUCUAUCCAGUACCUUUCAUGCGUAGAAUUGUUCUGAACACAGCCAAGAAACUUGGACGCACCACAGCUCACUACAGAUGGUUUGCCAUAGCCUACCUUGUUUUUAUGUUCCUUGUUUUACCAGGCAUUUUCUUCCUUUUGUCAUUCGCUGGUUCAAUUGUCUUCAUUGUAUUUGUCAGUAUUAUAGCUUUCAUUGCAUUUGGUGUGGUGGUUAUUAAUGUCAUGCAGAGAUAUGCUGCUUUGAAAAGAUGGUUACCCCUGUGGCUGCACAACUGGAAGUUCUUGCCAGAAGUCAUGAGAUCAUUGGCCCCUAUUGAUAGAUGUUUACAGAAAGUUGUUGAGCCACUUCGCAACUGUUGUUGUGAAUGCUGUACCAAGCGAUGUACAUGUCUGGCAGUGAGUGACAUUGAUAAUGGAUAUAUUGACAGCGACAGUGAGAUAGACUCUUCUGCUUAUUCCUCUUACCUUCCAUCAGCUGCAUCUUCCAGAAUCUGGAAUUCACAGUCUGGUGCUGACUUGAGGCAUUCAGAUUCUAGUCGAAGAAUAUAUAAACCCAAGGAGUUUAGUUCCAGAAGAAACAGUUUGAACAAGAAGUCCUCUCCACUCCUUAAUAGGGUGGAGGAGGAGGCCCCUUCCACCAACCUGCUUCCUUUACCCCCAACCACUCACCACCACCCCAACUUCUACAUAUCUAAGUCUGAUUUGAAUUUGAAAGCCCAAGACUGUGAUGAGAAAGAUGCUUCUGUUCAAAGUUCAGAGCUUACAGGUCAGGAUGAUAGCAGUGUCAAGUUUUUAACAAAUCUUGUUACUUUGAACGAGAGCAAAAUAUAAAUGUCAAGGAGUAUCAAAGACUAAGUGAAUUUCUCCUGGUAGUUGCCAUAUUUCCUGCUACCUUAGCUACAGAAGCUGCACUAGCAUCAGCAUUCUAUGUCUCCAGAAUUAGCUAAUGGUAUGCUGAAGUAUUCAUUGUUGCCCUUUUGGUGUAACAUUACUGAUCUGACAUAUCUCAUGGUUACUAGACCACCCCUGCAUUAUGUCCUCUGCUACUAGUGUUUACUACCAUCUUCCCAGUGUUGUGCACUAUCUGUCCUCAACAGUAUUAUGUUAUUAAAUUAUGUAUUUAUGUGGUUUUGAUAACAAGCAUGGACUGCCAUUCCAUUAGCUAACUUAGUCAUUCCAUAGUGAUUGCCCUUGCUUUGUGAUAUUCACAACUUCAGGCAUAAAAAUCAUUACAUGUAUUUAUAUAUUUCACCAAGACCCAAUUUUGAUGUGCCAUAGAACAACUAGUUCAAUAUAAUCUUGGUGGUUAGUUUUAUUCAUCGACAUAUCAGAAUUGUAUGUUUUUAUAGUUACUGUAGUACAGGGAAUAUUUUUAGGGAGUUUAAUUGACCAAGGGGUAGCAACUACUGAAACUAUUCUAAUAUGCAUUAAUUAUGGGUAGUCCUAUAUUGGCUUCAGUUAGUCUACAGAAAGUUACAACUUGCAAUUAGCUUUUUCUGUGAGUUUUUUUUUUGUUUCAAUAGCUUAGGGUACUCUACUAUGAUCUGUAUUGUGUGUAAAUAAUGUUAUUUAUUUGCUGUACAAAAUGUUUAUGUACAUAUAUUUAUUGAUUGUCUGAAUGUACAAGUGAGAGAAUUAGUUAUCUGAACUACAUUUAGGUUUACUCAUAAGCUUUUUUUUUUUUUUAAUAAAACUUAUUGUUUUCAAAAUAUUAGAAGAGUUGACCACUUAUAGUUAGAAUGAGGUAACAAUGAAUGCAAGAAAUGUAAAUAUAGAAUCUCACUUCUGCUAGAAUUUUUUUUUUUUACAAAUCAUUUGUAUAAAUAAAAAUUAUUUUGAACUACC